AUGUCUAAAGAACAGUUCCUUGCACUCAGGAAUAAUGUGCACUUUGUUGAUACUAUAAAACCACCUGAAGAGGCUAAAACUAAUAGACUGUGGAAAGUUCAGCCAGUGAUUGACACAGUAAGAAGAAGAUGUCACAGUUUGCCUCGUAGCUUUAACUACUACAGUAUUGAUGAGCAAAUGAUCCAUUUUACUGGGCGUUGCAAACUGAAGCAAUAUAUUAAAGGAAAACCAAGGCCUGUAGGUCUUAAAAACUUUAUCAUGACCUCAGCAUCAAGUAUAGUGUUGGAUCUUGAAAUUUAUCAAGGGGCUACUACACUUCUGGGUGAUAAGUCAUUAGGAUUAGGCCCUUCUGUUAUUUUACGACUAACACAGACUCUCCCACAAGGAAAUUUUGUUUAUUUUGAUAGGUACUUUAGCAUAAUUCCUCUCUUAGUAAAGCUUAAGGAGAAGGAAAUUGAGGCUACUGGCACAAUAAUGGUAAACAGAAUUAAGAAUGUUAAUUUGAAAGAGGGAAGAAUGAAAAGAGGAGAGUGCCAUUCAUAUGUUAGAGCAGAUGAAGCUGUAGUAAUUACUGAGUGGCAGGACAGUCAGAGGGUUGUGAUAGCAUCCACUUGUGCUGGCAUUGAGCCAAAAUGUAAAGUUCAAAGGUGGUGUAAGCAGGAGGGCCACUAUCUUGAUGUAGAGUGCCCUUUUGUAAUUGAGCAGUACAAUGCCAAUAUGGGUGACAUAGACAUUCAUGACCAGCAGGUUGAGUGUUACCGAACAUGGUUCAGAACCAGAAAAUGGACAUUCAAGUGCUUGCUGCAUUUCAUAGACCUUUCAGUGGCCAACUGCUGGUUUCUCUACAGAGAGCACUGUAGUGAAAACCAACUGCCAAAAAGAACAUUAUGGAUCUGUUGA